GGCCGCGGCUCUUCCGGGUGCGAUGGACCCGGAGUUUGACGAUGUGGUGGCGCCGGAGGACCUCAUGGCCCUGGAGAGGCGCUAUGCCGAGGAGAGCCACCGGGGGGCGCCGUCGCGCCGCUGCCGCUUCGAGUACGCGUGGGGGCUGCUGCGCAGCAGAUACAACAGCGACGUGCGGAAGGGAGUGGCCAUGUUCCGAGAGCUGAUGGCUGACGGAGCUCCGGAGGAGCAGCGCGACUGCGUUUACUACCUGGCGGUGGGCAACUACCGCCUCAAGGAAUACGAGCAGGCCUUGAAGUACGUCGGGGCGCUGCUGCAGGCCGAGCCGGGCAACACGCAGGGACUGAGGCUGCAGCAGCUCGUCAGGGCACGCAUGCACCGCGACGGGAUGUUGGGGGCCGCCAUAGUUGGGGGGGUGGCUCUGGGGGUGGCCGGCCUGGCGGGGCUUUUGGGAUUCGCCAUCUCUCGUGCCCGUCACUGAUGUCACCGCGUCCCCAACGUGUCCCCAACGUGUCCCCAAUGGGACCCCACCCCGUGUCCCCAAUGGGACCCCACCCCACGUCCCCAGCGUGUCCCCAAUGGGACCCCGGGUUGUCCUCAACCAAUGUCCCCAUCACGGCCCCAACCCACCCCCAUUGUCCCCCAUGUGGCCCCAGUGUCCCCGACCCAUUGUCCCUAUUGUCCCUAGCGUCCCCAACCCCACUCCCACUGUCCCCAUUGUGUCCCCAAUGUCCCCAACCCACCUCCAAUGUCCCCAACCCGUUGUCCCCAUUGUUUCCAAUGUCCCCAACCCACCCCUAAUGUCCCCAACCCACUCGCAUUGUCCCCAAUGGGGCCCCAAUGUCCCCAACCAGUCCUCAUUGUGUCCCCAAUGCCCCCAACCCACCCCCAAUGUCCCCAACCCAUUGUCUCUAAUGUCCCCAACCCAUCCCCAUUGUCCCCAAUGCGGUCCCAAUGUCCCCAACCCAUUGUCCCCAAUGUGUCCCCAAUGUCCCCAACCCACCUCCAUUGUCCCCAAUGCAGUCUCAAUGUCCCCAGCCCAUACCCAAUGUCCCCAACCCAUUGUCCUCUUUGUCCCCAACCCAUAUCCCCAGCGUCCCAAAUGUUCCCUCUGUCCCCAACACCCCAUUGCCCUCAUCGUCCCCAUUGUCCCCAAUGUCCCAAACGUCCCCAGGGUCCCCAACACCCCAUUGUCCCCAAUGUCCCCAACCCAUCCCCGAUGUCCCCAACACCCCAUUGUCCCCAACGUCCCCGUUGUCCCCAACCCAACGCUCCAUUGUCCCCAAUGUCCCCAACACCCCCAACCCCAUCAUGUCCCCAACACCCCCAAUGUCCCCAUUGUCCCCAACACUCCAUUGUCCCCAAUGUCCCCAUUGUCCCCAACGUCCCCAACACCUCAUUACACCCCGUUGUCCCCAACGUCCCCAGUGUCCCCAGUGUCCCCAAUGCCCCCCAAUGCCCCCAACACCCCCAUUGUCCCCAUUGUCCCCAACCCCCCCCAUGACCCCAACACCCCCAAUGCCCCCAACACCCCCAUUGUCCCCAUUGUCCCCAACCCCCCCCAUGUCCCCAACACCCCCAAUGCCCCAUUGUCCCCAACGUCCCCAUUGUCCCCAAUGUCCCUGACCCCCCCAUGUCCCCAACACCCCAUUGUCCCCAUUGUCCCCAACCCCCCCCAUGUCCCCAACACCCCCAAUGCCCCAUUGUCCCCAACGUCCCCAUUGUCCCCAAUGUCCCUGACCCCCCCAUGUCCUCAACACCCCAUUGUCCCCAUUGUCCCCAACCCCCCCCAUGUCCCCAACACCCCCAAUGCCUCAUUGUCCCCAAUGUCCCCAUGUCCCCCCUCCCCUGUGUCCCUGUCUCCUUGUCCCCCCCCCCAACCCUUGGCUACACGCUGACAACGUGGUGACAACGUGGUGACAACGAGGUGACAAUGAGGUGACAACAAGGUGACAACGUGGGGAGACAAUGGUGACACGAUGGUGACACGAAGGUGACAACGUGGUGACAACGUGGGGACACAAUGGUGACAACGUGGUGACAACGUGAGGACACAAUGGUGACACGAUGGUGACAAUGUGGUGACUCGAUGGUGACACAAUGGUGACAACGUGGUGACAAUGUGGUGACACAAAGGUGACCCGAUGGUGACAACGUGGUGACACGAUGGUGACACAAUGGUGACAACGUAGUGACACGAUGGUGACCCGAUGGUGACACAAUGGUGACCCGAUAGUGACACCGUGGUGGCCCAAUGGUGACAACAUGGUGACACGAUGGUGACAUAAUGGUGACAACGUGGUGACAACGCAGUGACCCAAUGGUGACACGAUGGUGGCACGAUGGUGACAACGUGGUGACACAAUGGUGACACAAUGGUGACCCAAUGGUGACACAAUGGUGACAACGUGGUGACACAAUGGCGAUGCGAUGGUGACACAAUGAUGACCCAAUGGUGACCCAAUGGUGACAAUGUGGUGACAAUAUGGUGACACAGUGGUGACACAA